GUCAAGGAAAGUUUGGAACGAGUAAGGUCGGAGCAAACAUGGAGGACAUGGGAAAAAUCACAUAGUGUUUCGGUGGAGAUCUGACCCACUUUUCCUAAUGUUGGACUUAGAUAAAUUACCGAUACACUCACUAGGUGGUUGUAGAAGGUGUAUGCGAAAGCUUCAAACAAAUUUGAAGCUUUCGAUGCCGUUUUAAUGGCACUAUGAACCUAGACUCGCUAACUGCUGCUUUGUCUCAUAUUGGUAAUCUGGUCGCCAGUUUGACAAAGAAAAACCUGAACUCUAGUGUUCAAGAGAUUCAGGAAGUUAAUGUAUGUUAUGCUUCAACAUUUACUUACUGCAUAAUGCCAGAAUUAGUUUAUGACAAGAUUUAAGUUGGUAUCUAAAGUAAUAUACAAGAAAGUAGAGCCUCGAGGAAGACAUGAAUAAUUUUCCCUCGGCCUGAUUAGGUGGUUCGUCAGUUUGGUGGAGAGGCAGAGCGACAUUUGUACCGGGUACUGAUUGGUCACCUGGAGUGGUCUGGACCUCAGGGAGGAGAAAGUCAUCGACCCUCACCAAACAACAAUAAUAAUAAUAAUAACAAUAAUAAUAAUAAUAAUAAUAAUAAUAAGGACAAGGAAGUUACAACUGGUGUUGGUGUAGCCACUCUUACGUGGUCAUCCACUAGCGGUGGAGCUAGUGCUCUUUUACAACACUUCACUGCUACACUUCCUCCGACAUCUCUUUUUGCAAAUCUUGCAUUUGCCACUGCAUAUCCAUACAAUCCAAGCAAGCUUGUCAAGCCACAGUGGGUUACUGGAGUGUGCAAGGCACUCAAGCUUUCCCGCUUGCAGGAAAUUACUUUUUGUUUACAUCUUCUUCAAACAACGAAUUUAGAAGUUCGUAACCAGUCCACAGCACUCCUCAAAGCCAAACUUCCUGAUCUUGUACGAGCUUACGUAGACACCGAAUCGGGGGACCGGGAGUUGUUGGAGCUAUCAACAGAAUCCCUGCACCUGUUGCUAACUCACAUUGUUCAUCUUUGGAGGGAUCCACCUACUGCACUACUACCUCAAGAGUCGAGGCAGGCCUUCAUUAGCACUCUACAGCGAGAAUUUCCCCGGUCACGUGUCCCUGUGGUUCUUGCUCCACUACUUUACCCAGACUCUGACAUUCCUAUGGAGAAAAUAACUCAAGAACCACCUGCCAACAUGGCAAAAAAUCUUCUUGAUGGUUCAUUAGCUGAUCUAGUCUUAGAGUUAGGCUAUAGUUUCUGCAAUACUGUGGAAGAAUGUAGAAACAAUCUGGCCAAUUUUGGGGUGAGUUCCAUAACCCCAGCAGCUGUAGCCAAGGUCUUGGGUGUUAUGGUUCGAACUCAUACGGGUUUACCAUCUGAGCAGAUUGGACUUCAGAACCUAAAUUCACCCAGCUCACUGUGGAGUGACAAUAAAGAUAAGGCCCCAAACAACCAGUCACAGACAGCCCCAGCAAAUGAAGUGGGUUUGGGUGGAUCAGGAAAUCUUUCUUGUCCUCAUGGUUGGAAUGUAGAAAUUUUUAUCAAGGGGCUCCUUGAAGUUGUUCCGAGUAUUAAUAGUAAAGAGAUAACUAUGAAAUUAGAUCACAGAGGAUUCUUAGUAAAGGACAGACAAGGCUUAAAGCUGCUAAUCACUGCUCUCAGAUGUCUUCUUCAAGGCCAAGGCUUAAGGUGGGAAGUGUUCCCUGUGGAUUACUUCUAUCACCAGUGGAAAAACAGUGAAGAGCAACUAAAUCUUAUUACACAGAUUCUCAAGGCUCCUGAAAUAUUUUGUUUCCUUGAUUUUCCUUGUAUCUUGGUGUCGACUGAUUGCCUUAAAACACUGCCAGAACUUGAUAACAAAGAGGUGGCAACAUGGAAAUCUGUUCAUCUACUGGAAACCCUUCUCUGCCUUGGUGAAUCUGGUCAUCUUACAGCUGUCAAGGAGCUGUUCAAGUUUCCCAUCCAACAUUGUCCAGAUAUCUUGGUGCUUGGCUUGGUUCAGGUGACUCUUCCAUACACCAUGUUGCGGCAAGAUCUGAUUGCUUCACUUAUUCCAAUCUUCCUUGGGAAUCACCCGAAUGCAGCAAUCAUUCUACACCAUGCUUGGCACACACAGAAUCAAUCAAGUGCAGUUCGUCCAAUCAUAAUGCACGCGAUGGCAGAGUGGUACAUGAUGGUGGAAAAUGAUCAGACAAGACUCAGCCGUAUUUUAGAUGUUGCACAAGAUCUCAAAGCCUUAUCACUUCUCCUCAAUGCUCAGUCAUUUCCCUUUGUAGUGGAUUUGGCUUGUUUGGCAUACAGACGUGAAUUUUUAAAGUUGGACAAGUGGCUGACUGACAAAAUUAGAGAACAUGGAGAGCCCUUUAUAUCCUCUUGUAUAAAGUUCCUUCAACGAAGAUGUCCUCAGCUUAUGGGUGGUAAAGAGGACAUAAUGCCAAAAUCUUCACAGCUACCUAAUGAGACAAUGACUACCAUUCUUUUGUGCCUGAAUGCAUGUGCUAUAAAUGUCUCUCAGGAACUGUCCGACACUAUACUGCAAAUGGUUCAAAACUGUAAUUUGAUAAAUAGAUCUCGUCCACAACAGGUGGGAGUGAUUGGAUUCCCAGGUCCUGGUCCAACUCAGUCAAAUGAAGGACCAUUAGGCAAUAUUGCUUCAAGUUUAAGUAACUUGAGUCUUGGUGGUACUGGUGUGUCUUCCUCAAUCUUUCCAACGCCACCUUCAUCAUCAAUGAGUCUUGGGGGAUUAGGGUCACUUGGUACAGCUCCAGGUUCCCCUGGUCGUCCACUUGGUCCCUCCACUGCUCCUGGGACCUCACAGUCUCCACUCUCUUCCAUUUUACCUGCUCUACAGUUGGGACCACCACAUCCUGCAGCAGUGGGAUCUCAGCUUCCCACACUACCAACUUCAUCCAUUAUUCCCUCUUCUCUAAGAUCUCAUUCAGUACAGCCAAGUGUUGCACCUGCCAGACAAAUGGACAUCUCCCAGAUAUUUGACAUGCCUCAGCUGGUGAGCAAGGAAGUGGAAGAUGAAGCAAAUAGCUACUUUCAGCGUAUUUACAACCACCCUCCACAUCCCACACUCUCAAUUGAAGAAGUAUUGGAUAUGCUGAAGAAGUUUCACGAGUCUACUAAUAAGCGAGAGAGGGAAGUAUAUUCCUGCAUGUUGCGCAAUCUAUUUGAAGAGUAUCGCUUCUUCCCAACGUACCCAGACAAGGAACUUUUCACUACUGCAAGGCUUUUUGGUGGUAUUAUUGAACAGGGUCUAGUCGAAUACAUGGCUUUAGGAGUUGCAUUGCGGUAUGUAAUGGAAGCUCUCCAGAAGCCACAUGCUAGCAAGAUGUAUUACUUCGGUAUUGUGGCCUUAGAUAGGUUUCGUAGUCGUCUGAAAGAGUAUCCUCGGUAUUGUCAGCACCUCAUGGCAAUACAGCAUUUCAGUGAAUUUCCACCACACCUUAUUGAGUACAUCAAGUAUGGAACUCAAUCACAAGAGCCACCUUCACGCCCUUCUGGUGUUGUUCUACCCCCAUCCAUAAAUAUUUCACCAAGUACACCUGCUCCAGGACCAUCAUCAUCUGUGGUGACGGCUGCAGCAACACCAGUAGGAAUUCCACCACCACCAGUUGUAUCCACAGUAGUAUCAUCAGUGGCCAAAACCAUCACAUCUACAACCACCACCACUACUACUGCUGCUGUCAGUAAACCUCAGACAAUAGCUGCUACUUCAGUGGCAGUUGGGUCUGGAAAACAACAGCCAACAAUAACUACUACCAACAUAGAAACUCUGCUCGUUGCCACGGAGAAGGAAGAAAAAAUCACUCCUCCUCCUGAGCAUAUACAAGACAAAGUUGCCUUUAUCUUCAAUAACCUUGCUCAAGUUAACCUUCCUCAAAAGUGUGAAGAGUUACGUGAGGUAGUAGGUGAAGAAUAUUGGCUAUGGGUGGCACAGUAUUUGGUGAUGAAACGUGCAUCCAUAGAGAACAACUUUCAUACACUGUAUUCUCUAUUUCUGGAUCAGAUGAAAAUGAAUAAUGUUAAUGCCAUGGUCUGUCGGGAGACACUCAGGAAUAUCAAGGUACUCCUAAGGGCUGAUAAAUCAGCAGCUAAUUAUUCUGACAAAUCUCUAUUGAAAAAUCUUGGCCAUUGGUUAGGGAUGCUCACCCUGGCCAAGAAUAAACCAAUACUGCAUACUGACAUAGACAUGAAGUCACUACUCAUAGAAUCUUACAACAAGGGAUUGCAGGAGAUGCAGUAUGUGAUUCCAUUCGUGGCUAAGGUGAUGGAAUCCUGUGCCAAGAGCCGAGUGUUCAAGCCGCCAAAUCCAUGGACCAUGGCUAUUAUGAAUGUAUUAGCUGAACUUCACAAGGAACCAGAAAUGAAACUACAUCUUAAAUUUGAAAUUGAGGUGCUAUGUAACAAGUUGGAAAUCAAUCUGGAAGAAUUGAAGCCUGCUAAUGUGUUGAAUGACCGAGACCGGAUUGCCCGCCUUAAACCUCAGCUGUCACAGCCGGGUGGAUCUAAGCGAGCAGAGUCGACUCCCCUAUUACCAGCUCUGCCAGGUUUUUCGUCUACCACCUUUAUGCCAAAGACGAGCUGGUCACAAGUUGUGCCACCGUGUCCCGUUGUAGAAACAAGUACGGUAACUGCUCAGAGCUCCUCAGUUGGUGCCACACCUACACCCCCAACAGUCCUGCCUCCACAUCCCUCCACCACACCCACACCUAUCCAGGCUCAACAGCAGCCUGCCUCAGAGCCACGUUUUGUUUAUUCAAACAUAAACGUAACAUCCCUCAGGGGUCUGGAUCCUCAUGUAUCUGUCUCUGUACCUCAGGUUUGUGGUAUUGCAAAUAAUGCACAGCUAAAACAGUUAGUUCGUCAUGCUGUAGACUUGGCUGUCCAAGAAAUUGUUGCUGCAGUAAUGGAGCGUAGCAUCAAGAUUGCCAUCACCACUGCUGAGCACAUCAUUAAGAAGGACUUUGCUCUAGAUCCAGAUGAAUCUCGGAUGCGUGCUGCGACACACCAUAUGGUUCGAAACCUCACAGCGGCAAUGGCAAUGAUCACUUGUCGAGAUUAUCUUGCCACUAACAUUACCAAAAAUAUCAAGCAGGGAAUGCUGCAAGCAUUUUCAAGAGCAAACCAGCAACAAUUGCCCCAGCAAAUGGAUCAGAUGGACCAGUUGGCUGCUGCACUCAGUCAGGAGAAUGUAGGCAUUGCCUGUGCAUUUAUCCAGAAAACUGCUGCUGAGAAAGCUGUAACUGAAAUGGACAAGAGAUUGUCACAGGAAUAUGAAGCUCGGAAGGUUGCCCGAACAGAUGGACGACGUUACUGUGAUCCAAUGGUAUUAACAUAUCAAGCUGAACGUAUGCCUGAGCCAAUACGUUUAAAAGUGGGUGGUGUCACUCAACCUCAAAUGGCUGUGUAUGAGGAAUUUGCUCGGAACAUACCUGGCUUUUUACCUAUUACCGAUCAAGAUACAAUGUUCUUGGCAAAACCUGUGCCUAUUAGCUCACAGCAGCAGCAACAGCAGCAACAGCAGCAGCAGCAACAGCAGCAGCAGCAACAACAACAACAACAACAGCAGCAGCAACAGCAGCAGCAGCAACAGCAGCAGCAACAACAGCAGCAGCAGCAGCAGCAGCAGCAACAGCAGCAGCAGCAACAGCAGCAGCAGCAACAACAACAGCAACAACAACAACCACCACCACCUCACACACAACAGACAUUUGGUAGUGAAGAAGCAACAGCCUUCCUGGUGCUAACAGAGAGGAUCAGUGCAGAAUUGGAACACACUAUACAGGCUUUCACUACUCUUGCACCAACAUCUCCACUUAUACCAAUGCUUCACUCUUUGCGUGAAGGACUUUUGCUUACAAGAACCAACAGAGAUGCCCAUGCUGCUCAAAUGCUACUUAGAAAGUGUGUAGAAAAUCUUAUGGAAGGUGCACGGGAAUUACCUAGUGAACCUGAACUAAAUCAGUUGGCUUUGCGCUUUCGAGAUUGCCACCUCAUCGUUCUUAAAGCUAUGGCUGAUCACCGCUCUUAUGGUAUGAUCUGGACAUCAAAGAAUCUUACAAAAUGUUGGGCAGAAGCAAGGGAUGAGAUAAAAUAUAACCUGGAUGUUGGAGAUUGGUUUAUCCGCUCCAACUUGUUUAACCUUCAGCUACUGGAUGAACAUCUUGCAAGAACCCUUGAAGAUCCUAGAGUACACUCCUAUAUCCCUUCUAUCUUUGUGAUGCAACUAGUCCAGGUAUACCUUAUAGAUGACCCAAGCAAUAGUGUGUUAAGUGAAACUGACCUACAAUUAACCCUGGAGGCCUUGGUGCGUAUAUGUCAUUCUCGACAAGCUCCUGAUGGUCUUGUUUCACUGAUUGAGGCACUACGCAUGAAGCAUGACUUAUUAAGCAGUGAACGUUUAACUGGAGGAAACAGCCUGAGUGGCUCUAAUACUCCAUUAUCUGCAGGACCUAGUCUUCACUUUCAUUCAGGUGUUACACAAGCCAGGGAUUUUCAGGAUCCACCAGCUUUACAAGAGAAAACUGAAGUAUUAUUGAGAGAAUGGAUUCAGAUGUAUCAUUCUCCUACCGCAGGCCAGGGUUCUGCAUCAGCUUUUCAGCAUUUUGUCAAGCAAAUGAAUCUUCAUGGAAUCCUUAAAACUGAUGAUCUCAUUACCAGAUUUUUCCGCAUUUGCAUCAGCAUGUGCAGAGAUUUGUGUGUUCGUUCCAUCUUGGAACAAGGCCAGGGCCCAUCACCUACUUACGUACGAAGUAAAUGUUUCCAGAACUUGGACGCAUUUGUGCGGCUUAUUGCCUUAUUAGUCAAACACUCUGGUGAAGCUACCAACCCUACUACUAAGAUAAAUCUCCUCAAUAAGGUUUUGGGAUUAGUUUGUGGCAUCAUGAUUCAUGAUAUUGAAUCAAAUGGCACAGAGUUUCAACAGUUGCCAUAUCAUCGCAUCCUUAUUAUGCUGUUCCUGGAACUCAAUGCUCCUGAAGCUAUCUUAGAAUCAAUCAACCUUCCGGUAUGUGAAGUAUUGAUGGCCUUUACGCAAACAUUACAUCUGUUACGCCCCAGUAAGUGUCCUGGCUUUGCUUAUGCCUGGCUGGAAAUUGUGAGCCAUCGAGUGUUCAUUGGCCGGAUGUUGGCUAUUACACCACAACAAAAGGGAUGGUCCAUGUACUCCAUGUUGUUAGCAGAUCUUUUCACAUUUUUAGCACCCUUUUUAAGGAAUGCUGAAUUAGCCAAACCACUGACAAUGCUCUAUAAGGGUACCCUACGUGUGCUGUUGGUCCUCCUCCAUGACUUUCCUGAAUUCUUAUGCGAAUACCACUAUGGAUUCUGUGAUGUCAUCCCUCCAAAUUGCAUCCAGAUGCGUAAUCUCAUUCUGUCUGCCUUUCCACGAAAUAUGCGCCUUCCAGAUCCUUUUACACCAAAUCUCAAAGUAGACAUGUUGCCAGAAAUUACUGUAUCACCUAAGAUUCACACUACUGUUGCCAGCCUCAUUCAACCUCCAGAAUUCAAGAAGAAUUUAGAUUCCUAUCUAAAGAACAGGACACCAGUAACAUUUCUCUCAGAUAUGAGAACAUAUUUACAGCAGGUAUCCAAUGAACCUGGGAUGCAUUAUAACAUGUCUGUGAUGAACUCCCUGGUGCUGUAUGUAGGCAUGCAGGCUAUUGCACAGAUUAAUAGCAAGGGUCUCACUCCCUCCAUGUCCACGAUUGCUCAUUCCGCCCACAUGGACAUAUUCCAGAAUCUUGGUGUUGAUUUGGACACAGAAGGUCGAUACUUGUUUUUAAAUGCUAUUGCCAAUCAGUUGCGAUAUCCAAAUAGCCACACUCAUUACUUCAGCUGUACUCUACUCCAUCUCUUUGCUGAAGCUAACACAGAAGCUAUUCAAGAACAAAUUACCAGAGUUCUUCUGGAACGACUUAUUGUCAAUCGUCCUCAUCCAUGGGGACUACUAAUUACCUUCAUUGAACUCAUCAAGAAUCCUUCUUUCAAGUUUUGGAGUCAUGAGUUUGUAAAGUGUGCUCCAGAAAUUGAGAAAUUGUUUGAAUCAGUUGCCCGUUCUUGUAUGGUGCAGAAAGUAUCAACUACUCGGGACGGGGAGGCCUGACCACAAAUGCUUCAAACGUAUUGUGCUCCACAAGAUACCUGACUAAACACAUCUCCAACGGAGGCAGCAAUCCAAGCACUGUACUUCAAGUUGCAAGAUUUAAGGACAUAUGGCACAGGAUUGUGUUACUGCUGACUGUUGGUGCUCUGAAUAUCAUGAUAGAGAUCUCAAGCAGCCAAAACUGUCUUAGUGAUUUGAGUUAUUUAGCUGAAAGCUAUUUAAUAUAUAGAAUGAAAAUGUUGAACAUAAUGACUUGACAGAUACUGUUUGUCCCCAUGAAAGCUGCAAUUAAUGUUGCUUUAAAGGGGACUGCCAAGUGCAAAGUAAAAGUUAUUGGCAUAUUGUGACAAAUGUGUCAGGUAGAGUUUUGUAUUUGUUUUAAAUGGAGCAUUAUACAUGUUAUCUUCUGGUGCCUAAAGAGACAAACUUGGUAUCUGUAAAAUGCAGAUCAAAUCUGUUCCAAUUUUAACCCAAGUGAUUUAUAAAGUAAAGGGUUAAAUGACAAAUAUUCUUUAUAGAAUGCCUAAAUAAUUAUGCAGCUUAGUCAUUUCCUGAGUGAUUUAUCCUUGACUAUAAUAUAGUAAAUGUUUUACUUGUUGGGCCACAGCAGCAAGGUUAACUGUCAAGGUAUGUGAUUUUUAAGAAUAUGUAAUAAUUUCAGUUUUCCUGGUGACUGGUAAAUUAUGCAAACUUGAAAGACCAAAACUGUACAAUCUACUUUAUUAAGGACCUUCAGAGUGAAGUAAAAGUGCAUCCUAUGAUGAAUUAUAUAUUUACAGAUAAAAGUUUCUGUAUGAAUGGAGACACAUUUAUGAGACAAAGCAGCCAUAAGCAGUGUGUCAAAGUACAUAAAAUGAAAAGAUGAAUUCCAAUGAGUGAUAUGUACCUAUAUUUUGUGAUCUUAACUUCCAGGGAACCAUGUGAUGAGCUAUACCUAAGAUGUUUAGAUAAUGUGAUGUAGAUUUCUAUGACAUGGCCUUUGCCAAGCAGCUUCUGCAGUAGGAAAGUGAGAAUCAAAGUAUUGGGCAUCAGAGUUCAUUAUGAAGUGUUAUUUCAUAGGUUAACCGAAGUGGCUCAUAAUAUAAUAAUUCAGUGCAAUUAUAUGAUAAAUAAUUUAGCCAUUGGCCACUGUUAAUGCCAAAGCUGACUUACGUUUGAAAAAACCUCUAGAGCAUGGCAUAAUUUGACUUAAGUAAUAGCACUUCAUAUUUUGCAGAAAUGACCUUGGACACCAAAGCAUGUACAAAAUCCCAUCCUCAUUAGUUUCAUAGAUUUCACCUUUUAAGAAAUUUCUUUGUAAGUAUUGUAAAAAGUAAUUAUGAUGCCCUGAUGCCCUGAGGCUUUCUAUCCUGCUGUACAGUUUCUAAUUACACAAGGUUUGCAAUAGCCACUAUCUUAAACAAUGCAGAUCCGGGGUAUAGUCAACUAUGCCCAAUGCCUCGUGUUCUGUUACACAAAUUUUUAUUUAAAUGUUAUAAUUCAUUCCCAGGUAUUAACAAUUAACCAUGUGCAUCCUAAAGGUGUAAUGUUCCAGCAGCACAAAUUUCAAUUUUAAUUGCUUUAAUCCCAGGCUAAUCUUUAGUUACCUUCUAGCUUUAAAAAAAUUUGUUACCACAUUACCAGGGACUAUUUAAUACUCUGAUGCCUGGGAAAUAUACAUGUUUAUGCCUUAUAAUCCUGGAAAUGUUAUGUAUACAUAGUACCUGGGAAUUAACACUUUUUUUCUGUUGCCUUGCUUCAAAGAACGUCACAGCUCUCUUAUGACUUAAGGAAUACAGAUUUGUAUUGCCAUUAAAUAAUUAUUAUUUUGUAAAAAUUAUAUUUUAAGAGUUGUUGGAAGCUUGAAGAAGGAAACAUGAAAAUUUACCCAUAAUGUGAGGUACUAGUUUGUGGCUGUACAAUUCAAUUUUAUUUUUGUUGAGGACUUUCUCUAAAGAUAUGCAGUUUAACAGUUUGUGUCAUAUUCUUUAGUCCACUGUAGGUUAAGGAUGUGAAUAAAGGUCUCUUGUAGCAAAGCAAAAA